UGGGCCGCGGCACCUGCGCGAGGGGGCGGCGGGCACCGAUCUGGUCCGACAGGUUCUGAGCAGGAAGUCUCCCGCCUUGGCCCGGGGCGCCCCGCGCCUGCCCGUGUUCGUGCCUCCGUGUGUCCGCCUGUCUGUCGGUGCCCCGCAGUCCGUCUACCUGGGUUGGCCGAGCCCGGCGGGCGGCGAUGAAAGCGGCUUUGUGUGGGGCACCCACACCCCCGCGGCCGCUCCCCGCGGCGGCGCAUGGCAGCGCGCGGGUGAUAUAAGCGGCCAUGUGACCCCACCUGGAGGCGGGGGAGGGGCGCAGGUGAGGCGGUGGCCGGGCUCGGGACACACGCGGGCUGCUCGCAGCAUGUCUGGAAGGAAGGACUGGUCGGCGUUGUCCAGCCUCGCCAGGCAGCGGACGCUGGAGGAUGAGGAGGAACAGGAGCGGGAGCGACGGCGCCGCAAUCGCAACCUGAGUUCCACCUCGGAUGAGGGGUCACCCAGGCUCACCCCCAAUGGAGACCAGAAGGCUGCAGAGAGGCUGCCGAGCGUGGACGAAGCGGAGGUGCCCAGGCCACCACCCCCCACCCCCAGGGCUGAGGACCAAGAGGAGGAUGUGCAGGCCAUCCUGAGGAGCCGGAAGGAGCGGCGGCAGAGGCGGCAGGCAGUGGAGGGGAUGCAGACUCAGGCCUCUGUUCCAGAGCGGCCACAGCCUGAGGAGGGGAGAGGUGGCCCUGGGCCCACCCAGGCCAAACAGGAACCUCUCACAUCCAAGAGGGAGAAAGAGACAGAGGCGCCCCUUCACCGGAGACUGAGCCGGGAGCAGCGGGGCCCUUGGGCCAAGGAGGGGGAGAGCCUGGCUGGUGGGCAGCCAAAGAAUGAGAAGAAGGAGGUGGUGUCAGAGAAGGUUCCAGCUCCUGGGAAGCCUCCCAGUUCAGAGAAGGCUCCCAUUCCUGAGAAGAAAGCUCCUGAAAAGAGACUGGUCUCUGAGGAGACUUCCACUUCCAGGAAGGCCCCGGAGAGAACAUCUGUGUCAGAGAUGAUUGUGCUGUCGGAGAAGAGGACCACUUUGGAGAAGAAAUUUGUUCUAGAAAAGACUGGUGGCUCAGAGAAGACCCUGCCCUUGGGCAAGACAGGGGGCUCAGAGAGACGGCUGGUAUCUGAGAAGGCCCAACUCUUUGAGAAGUCACUGGUCUCUGAGAAGACACCAGCCCCAGAAACAAAGCCAGUGCCCAAGCCCCAGGUCCAGGCGCAGCUGGCCCCCAAGGAGCAGGGAGGACAGGCCUCCCCAGAGAAAAAACCAUCAUCCCCAGCCGAACGCCCACCUUCCCGAUUCCCGCCUAUCACACUCCAGGUGAAAAUCCCCAGCAGGGAAGAGAAAGCAGAUGUGGUCUCACCCACGUACAGCAGCUCCCUCAAACGCUCCAGCCCCAGGACCAUCUCCUUUCGGAUGAGUCCCAAGAAAGAAAACAUAGAAACGACUUUAACUCGAAGUGCCAGUGUGAGGCUCCCACCCAGUGCUUCCAAGCUCGGUGAAAAGCUAGAGAAGUACCACGCGGCUGUGCAGAGAUCAGGAUCCCUCAAGGCUCCUAGCACCUCUCGCACUGAGUUCUUUGUGGCUCCCUCCAGUGUGGCCACCAGGCGCCACGUCUUUGAGAAGGAGCAGGCAAGCCAGGGCCGAGCAGAACCAGCCUCCAGCCUGAAGGAGAACUGGAAACUCUCAGGGGUUGUGACAUCGAAGCUCAAUCUGUGGAUCAGCAGAACCCAGGAUUCUGGGGAGCAGGACCCCCAGGAGGUGCAGGAAGAGUCAGCCACCAGCAAGAGGGCCCAGUGGGCAAAGAAAGCAGGCUCCACACUGGAUGCUGAGGUGUGACGUGCCCGCCCAGGACCUCUAGGGCUGCCUCAACCAAGACCCACCCCUGCUGCAGCCUCCUUGCCUCUCAUCACCCCUGCUUCUUUUCUGCUAUCACAUUGGGCCAGAAAUCUUGGGGAGACUCAGCUGGCCCCUUCCCAGCCUGGCCUCUGGGGAAGAUGUGCCCUGGUCUCACCACAGGCCUGACAGAGCGGGAGCCUGACUAGGGACUUCCAUCCAGUCCAGAGCCGGCGCCUUCUUCCUUCACUCCUGGGCUCGGGGCUUGCUGCCUCAUGGACUCCAGGCCUGCCUGUCUCAGCGCCCCUCCCCCCAGCACCCCUGUGAUGCAGCUCCUGCAGUUAGGCCCUGACCUGCCUUAGUCCUGGGGGUCUGCUUCCCUCAGUUGCAUUACCCCUCCCCCUCCCACCUUGCUGGGGUUCAGUGCCUUUAAUUUUUAUACCCCUCUUCCUUCUCUGAAAAAGAUUCUCAGGAAAAGAGCUGGCAAACUCAUGCCACCCCUCACGCCCUGUCUGAAUGUGACUGGUGAUGCUGCCAGCGGGUUCUGUUGUCCUGGAGCCUUGCUCCCUAGUGGAGACCCCUCGUGGGAGAGGAGUCCUCUGGCUGGGGAUUGUUUUCCUAGCUGCCCCUUUAUCCCCACAUUAACAUGGGCUCCCCCAUCCCAGUUGUCCUAGUAUGGCCCUUUGGGGGGGGGAGAAGACUCCCACAUGCAGUGCCAGGUGAGCUGUCCUAGCUGCCCCCAGAUCCAGUCUUCCAUCCCCCUCCAUCUCCUGUUUGAGCCCCAAGAACAUCAAGCCAUGGGAACAUCUGGGACUAGCCACAUUAAGAAAGUGAAAGUCAGCAUAGUCCCUACCCUGCCUUUAAUGCUGUAAUGACAAAUGUGUGUGUGCGCGCGCGCACGCGCAUGCAUGUGCGCACGCACAUAUGUGGACACACAUGCACACAUGAACUUUCUUAUUAACACUCUUGUUCCUAACGGUUUCUCUACUGCUCUGGUUUUACCCACAACAAGCAUAGAGUCCUGCCCACUGUUCUGUGACUUCACCCUCGGGCAUGGCCAGGGGUCUCAGGACAUGCCCCAGGGGCAGCAGAAGCCCUCAACAUGCUGUGCAGAAGCAGCCAACCUCGCUCCCACCUGGUGGCUUGCAUUUGGAUCCUUGGGACCAGGCUCCAGAAGACUCCUGAGCCCCCCAUUUCGCCGACUAGCCCCCUCUAUGUCCUGGGAGGGUUUCCUGGGUCUGUCUGUGGUGCCUGUGCUGUGCUGGGGUGGUGGGACCCAGGGGCCCUGCUCAGAAGUUCCCUUCCCAGGGCAAGAGCAUUAUCAGGUGCCCCAGCUCAAAAGUUUGAGGACAGAGACAAGGCCAAGGGCAGGGGGAGAGGGGUGGGACUCAGUAUCCAGAGACCAAGGACCCGCACUUCUCUGGCCCUGCCAGCACUCAGGGUGUACACAAGGACCUCAAAGGCUGUAAAUGCUCACAUUCUAGAAGCACAAAAGCACCAGGUAGGUGCUUCACCCAGUGGGCAGAACUGCUCUCACAUACACUUCUGUUUCUGUCAGUGACUAGAGUCCUGCCCAGUGUAUGAAGAUGCCAGGGCUAGAAUCUGGUCCCUCUAGCAUGUGAGCCCUGUGCUGUAACCCACUGAGCUACCUGCCAGCUCCUCAAAUACAUCUAAGGAGAGGUUUCCAGAAACCUUCCUCCAGGGUGGAGGCUGGAGGGGGCUGAGUGUCAGGGGCCUGGCUGUAGCUGUCACCUCUGGGUACUGAAUCCUGGUGCCUGCAUUUAGCCUGGGCAGUGUUUGGUAGAGGAGGUGGAAGACACAGUCCCUUUAUUCCCCCUUCCUUUGAUUCAUCUGUUUCCUCCCCCAUGAGGGUUCUGCCCCCCUUCCUGCCGGAGAGACUGCCAGUAACUAUGAUAAGAGUGUGGCGGUGACUGACUGGUGAGGAGGGCAGAGCUGCUCUCCCUUGAGUGCUCUCUGGAGACAGAACAGAUGGCCCAGCCCAGCACAGACCAGCCCCUGCCACCUCUUCUAUCCCUACCCCCUGCAUGCCUGGCCCAGUCACCCCAGGUCCUGGCAGCCUGUUCUCUUGUGGACCCUGAUGUUUGCAAGGCCCACUCAUUCAGUCCUUGAUUCCUCUUACAAUUCUGAAGAGCACCAUCUUUCAUCAUUGCCCUGGGAGGUGAUUUUAUGUCUUGUCAUGGGGGAGAGGAGGUAGGUAACAGAAGGUGCUAGAUGUUCACACCAGCUGAGUGACCGCCCCCAGGCUUGUAGUUGAACUGGGGAGACAACAUAAUUAUCCUGCAAAAGAUUUUCAUGUCUGAGGCUCUGAGUUUCCAGGUUCAAUCUCCAGCACCACAUCAACCAGAGCUGAGUAGUGCUCUGGUCUCUACUGGUCUGUCUCAUUCAAUAAAAUAUAAAUAAAAUGAAAUAAAUGCAUUAAAGAGUGUAAA